CUCUUUCCCCAACCCCCUCGCCUUUCUCUCUCUCCCUCCUAUCCUCCCUCCCUGGCUCACGUUAAAGGAGGAGGAGAUAGAUAAGAUAGAUAGAUAGAUUGAUAGAGAACAAAUAAAGGAAGAGGAAGGACAGCAUUGCGGCCAUUUUGUUGCCGGCUUCCUGCUUUCCUCUUUCCUGCCCAUUAUUAUAAUAUUUCUCUUUGCAUAUAUGAUUAAGAUUUUGGUGGAGGCAAUAGGGGAUCAAGGAAAAGAAGGGCUCCCCUCUUCCUCUUCCUUCUUUUGUUUUUUUUACGCUGACCAGCAUUGCCGGGGUUCUCAGUGAGCUGGCUUAGGUGAGAAGUGAGUUCGCUUCGACAGAUCCUUCCUUCCUUCAAUUCUCUCCUCUCCUCUCCUCUCCUCUUGGUGUCCUCCUGUCUCUUCCUCUUCGACUUCUUCUUCUACUCCUUACGUCUUCUCUCUCUCUCUCUCUCUCUCUCUCUCUCUCUCUUUUUUCCUUUUCUUUCCCGGGGGAUCCAUUGGAAAGACUGACAGUCCAGCUCCACCGCAUUCCCUUGCGUAAUCUUCCAGCAAUUCAAAUUUCUCUUCCUGCCAAAAAAGAAAAGAAGAUAUCACAACAGCAGCAGCAAUAAUAAUAGAAAGCAAAAGAGAGGCAGGCGAGACAGAAAUACAAAAAAGAAAGUCACUUUUUUUUUUUUCUUUUUUUUGGCCCCUCUGGAGCACGGAAACUAAAGAAGAAGAAGAGUGUGCGCGAGGGAAGAAGCAGCACCCCGCCCCGCCUUUAUAAAAAUCCUGUCUUCUCGAAUUUCUUACUACCCUGUGGGCCUUUCUCCUCCUCCUCAACAUUGCUGCUGCUGCUACUACUACCGCCACCAUUAUUUCUGUUUUUUUUUUUUUUCUUAUUCUGGGGUGGUGGUGGUGGUGGGGGUGUUUCUGCUCCUCUUCUGCUUCGUGGGAAAAGCAGAGGCCAUGGAGAGGGUUUCGUCGGCGGCGCUCUUUCCGGAGGCGUUCCAGGGGAGCAGAGACGGCGUGGCGGAGCAGAUGGCGCUGGUGUGGCAGCAGAUCAAGGCGCCGGUGAUCGUGCCCCUGCUCCGGACGGCCGUGUUCCUCUGCCUGCUCAUGUCGGUGAUGCUCUUCCUGGAGAAGGUGUACAUGGCCGUCGUCAUCGUCCUCAUCAAGCUCUUCCGGAGGAGGCCCGAGAAGCGCUACCGCUGGGAGCCCAUGCGCGACGAUCUCGAGCUCGGCAAUUCGGCUUAUCCCACGGUCCUCGUCCAGAUCCCCAUGUACAAUGAGAAAGAGGUGUACCAGCUGUCCAUCGGAGCUGCCUGCGGGCUGUCAUGGCCGUCGGAUCGCAUUAUAAUCCAAGUGCUUGAUGACUCCACGGACCCAGUUAUCAAGAACAUGGUGGAGGUGGAGUGCCAGAGGUGGGCGAGCAAGGGGAUCAACAUCAAGUACGAGAUCCGGGACAACAGGAACGGGUACAAGGCAGGGGCGCUCAAGGAGGGGAUGAAGCACAGCUACGUCCGGGACUGCGACUACGUCGCAAUCUUCGACGCCGACUUCCAGCCGGAGCCCGACUUCCUCUGGCGCACCAUCCCCUUCCUCGUCAACAACCCCGACGUCGGCCUCGUCCAAGCUCGCUGGAAAUUCGUGAAUUCGAACGAAUGCUUGAUGACGAGGAUGCAGGAAAUGUCCCUGGAUUACCACUUUACGGUGGAGCAAGAAGUGGGAUCCUCUACCUAUGCUUUCUUUGGCUUCAACGGGACCGCUGGGGUAUGGCGGAUUGCUGCUCUCAAUGAAGCAGGGGGGUGGAAGGAUCGAACCACGGUGGAGGACAUGGAUCUUGCUGUUCGAGCAAGCCUUAAGGGAUGGAAGUUUGUAUUCCUCGGAGAUCUCAAGGUCAAGAAUGAACUUCCUAGUACUUUCAAGGCCUACCGCUAUCAGCAGCAUAGGUGGUCUUGCGGACCAGCAAACCUGUUCAGGAAAAUGAUGAUGGAGAUUGCCAGAAACAAGAAAGUGUCUCUUUGGAAGAAAGUGCAUGUGAUCUACAGUUUCUUCUUUGUGAGGAAGAUUGUGGCCCAUAUCGUAACUUUUGUGUUUUACUGCUUGGUUAUCCCUGCAACGGUCUUGGUCCCCGAGGUGCAAAUACCCAAGUGGGGUGCUGUUUAUAUUCCUUCCAUGAUUACGAUGCUCAAUGCUGUUGGGACUCCAAGGUCUCUCCACUUGCUGGUGUUUUGGAUUCUUUUUGAGAAUGUCAUGUCCUUGCACAGAACAAAAGCGACCUUUAUUGGCCUAUUGGAAGCAGGGAGAGUAAAUGAAUGGGUGGUCACUGAAAAGCUUGGAGAUACUCUGAAAGCAAAAGCCGGUGGUAGAGCAGCUAGGAAGCCACGAAUCAGGAUUGGUGAGAGGCUGCAUAUUUUGGAGCUCGGCGUUGGAGCUUAUCUCUUCUUCUGCGGGUGCUACGAUGUAGCCUUUGGGAAGAAUCAUUACUUCAUCUAUCUCUUUCUACAAGCAGUUGCCUUCUUUAUAGUUGGUUUUGGUUACAUCGGCACUUUCGUCCCGCAUUCUUAAGGGCCCCAAGGGUAGGGCGUAACCGCAAGAAGCCCUGGAAGUGAAUCAUACUGUUUUCAGAUUCUCGGUAAGCAUCGAUAUUUAGUUAAGCAACCUUCUUCAAUUGUUUGUUUGUUGUGGGAACAAAUCAAAGCGAAGUCCGCGGUAGAAGAUAGGUAUCUUGUGUGAAUAUUUUUGGCUGCAGAAGCGCAAGCGCCAUGGUCUAUAGGGUUUGUACUAGAUAUGAAGGAAGGGUGAAUGAACAGGAAGGAAAUUUUGGGCCUCUCCUUCACAGAAGGAACAGCGGUAGAAUAAUAGUUUGAUUUUAAGUAGGUGGUGUGUAAACAAAAACACCAGUAGAGAGAUUCUGGUUUCAUGUGUGUGUCCUCUGCUUCGAAGGUGGAAGAGGAGGAAGGACGUAAAAUGAUGGAUAGAAAAAAGUGGCAACUGGAUGGUCCUUUUUAUUUAUUUUACUUUAUUUUCCUUUCGCAAUUUUAUGUUAUUCCCUUUGCUGCCUUGGCAAUAAGGAAAUGUUAUUGUAUAAAACUCUUUCCCUACCGGCUUCCUUGAUUUCUUCCAUCAAAUAAAGAAAUCCUUUGGUUGGUUGAAAAAAAAAAAAAGGAUAAAGAAAAAAGAAAAAAGAAGAUAUUGGGCUUGUACA